CAAACACACACAUCAGCCAUUUUCAGUUCGCUGUGCUCAUCCUCUCUCAGUUGAACACAAAGAUCCCGCAUCUGUCGAGCUGAGACACGAGAAGGAUGGACGAAGAGAAAGCGGGUCGCGCGCACGGACGUUUGUUUUGCUGAGCGCGUCACAGACACAAGCGCGUCUCCGCAGGGGGAUUCAUUAAUUCAUUAAUUCUUCUGAUUCAUAAGGCUCAAAUCAGUUUAUUAUUGGAGCGAGUCUGGACGUUUGGACGCGUCUGAAUCCAUAACUUCUCAUUAGGAGUCACGACCGAGUUCUGCUUGAAAACACCCGGAUAUUAAAAGCGAGCGGGCGUCCCGCGGGUGAUGUCCACUAUGGUGUACCCUCGAGAAGAGGCUCUGGAGCGGCUCACGCAGGAUGAGAUCGUGCUGAACACCAAAGCGGUGAUGCAGGGUCUGGAGACGCUGCGCGGGGAACACGCUACGCUCCUCAACUCCAUCCUGGACUGUUCCCAGCCGGCCGGAGCGCAGGACAAGUCCAGCCUGCUCCGCAAGAGCCUGCAGGACAUCGAGCUGGGGCUGGGCGAGGCGCAGGUGAUCAUCGCCCUGUCGGGUCACCUGAGCGCCGUGGAGUCGGAGAAGCAGAAGCUGCGCGCUCAGGUGCGCCGGCUCUGCCAGGAGAACCAGUGGCUUCGGGACGAGCUGGCCGGCACCCAGCACAAGCUUCAGAAGAGCGAGCAGAGCGUCGCACAGCUGGAGGAGGAGAAGAAGCACCUGGAGUUCAUGAACCAGAUCCGCAAGCUGGACGACGACACUUCGCCCUCAGAGGAGAAGCCCGGAGAGAAGGAGAAGGACAACCUGGACGACCUCUUCCCCAACGAUGACGACCAGGGGCCAGCUCAGCCCAGUGGUGAAGCGGCGGCGCAGCAAGGGGGCUACGAGAUCCCGGCCCGCCUCCGAACCCUCCACAACCUGGUGAUCCAGUACGCCUCUCAGGGCCGCUACGAGGUGGCCGUGCCGCUCUGCAAACAGGCCCUGGAGGACCUGGAGAAGACCUCGGGACACGACCACCCCGACGUGGCCACCAUGCUCAACAUCCUCGCGCUGGUGUACAGGGAUCAGAAUAAGUAUAAGGAGGCGGCUCACCUGCUGAACGACGCGCUGGCCAUCAGAGAGAAAACCCUGGGGAAGGAUCACCCGGCCGUCGCCGCCACGCUCAACAACCUGGCCGUGCUGUACGGCAAGCGCGGGAAACACAAGGAGGCGGAGCCGCUGUGCAAGCGGGCGCUGGAGAUCCGGGAGAAGGUUCUGGGUAAAUUCCACCCUGACGUGGCGAAGCAGCUCAACAAUCUGGCCCUGUUGUGUCAGAACCAGGGCAAGUAUGAGGAAGUGGAGUAUUAUUACCGCAGGGCGCUCGAGAUCUACGAGAACAAACUGGGCGCCGACGACCCCAACGUGGCCAAGACCAAAAACAACCUGGCGACGUGUUACCUGAAACAGGGCAAGUUCAAAGACGCCGAGACGCUUUACAAGGAGAUCCUGACCCGCGCGCAUGAGAAAGAGUUCGGCUCGGUCAACAAUGACAACAAGCCAAUCUGGAUGCAUGCCGAGGAGCGAGAGGAGAGCAAGGGCAAGAGAAAGGACUCUGGGCCUUACGGAGAGUACGGCAGCUGGUACAAGGCCUGCAAGGUGGACAGCCCCACGGUGAACACCACACUGAAGAGCCUGGGCGCUCUGUACCGCAGGCAGGGCAAACUGGAGGCCGCUGAGACGCUGGAGGAGUGUGCGACCAAGAACCGCAAACAGGGCAUUGAUGCGAUCAACCAGAGUAAAGUGGUGGAGCUGCUGAAGGACGGCGGGGGCGCUGGAGGGGACAGACGUCAGUCCCGGGACGGAGUAAACGGCCCCGGAGGCCCCCGAGGAGACUGUGAUGGGGACGAGGCCGAGUGGGCCGGGGAUGGCAACGGCGCCCUGCGCAGGAGCGGCUCGUUCGGGAAGAUUCGGGAAGCGCUGCGCCGCAGCAGUGAGAUGCUGGUGAAGAAACUGCAGGGCAGCGGCCCCCAGGAGCCACGAAACCCCGGGUGAGAUCACUCACAUCAGGGAC